UUGAACAAAAUUCCAAACAUGAGAGCGAUAUUGAUACUUUUGAUCGGGUUUGGAUUGAUUACUACUGCUUUGUUGGCUACCGUUGUAUUUCAACUGAAUAUAUCAUUAACAAAGAGCAACUCCUCAAAUCCAUUGAAUAUCAAUAACCAUCAGCGAGUUUCUCAUUCAUCCAAAUCAUGUUACGACCUAAAGCAACUUGGAAUCAAGAUUGAUGGCAUUUAUUCCAUAAAACCGGAGAAUGAUUUUAUGCAAUUUGCGACAUUCUGCGAUAUGCAAACAGACGGGGGUGGCUGGACACUUGUAGCUAGCGUACACGAAUCGGAUAUUACCCAAAAGUGUGAUGCAAAAGAUAGAUGGACAAAUUACGUACCAGAAAAGUAUAUUGCCUCGACAGAGAAAACAAACUGGGAAAACAAGAAAGUUUUCGGUGACGUUAGAAAAUGCACGGAAGAUGAUUACAAAAAUUCCGUUUACUACUCUUUGAACGCAAACGACGUCAUGGUCUGGCACGUACCAUCCAACACACCAACCAUGUCUAUGAAGGAAAAAGCGAGUUUUCGUUACAAAACAACAAAUCAUUUCUUGCAAAACAAUGAUGGAAAUCUACAAAAGAUGUUUGAGGAGAGAUAUCCUUUGAAAGUUUAUCCGGGAAAAUUCAAAACAAUGUUGUCUCAACGAAGCAAAUUGGUGCUAAAGGCUCUAGAGAAGAAUUCUGCAGAAAUAAGAGCUAACGUACCAAACUGGUACACGUAUAACUAUACUGGAAACAACGUCAACAUAAUACAAGACCGCAAAAUGUACAGCUCAUAUGGCAAUAGGAUUAGUUUUGGUAAUUCCAAAAUAUCACAGAGUCAUCUGUAUUACAACAGAAUUUAUCGCAACGAGUGA